AAAACUUGGCGUGUAAUUAAAUUACCUAGGGGUGAGCUAAAUUUAAGUAAGACAUUACAAAGUGGUCAACAAUUUACUUGGAGAAAGAUCGCUCGCGAGAACGAAACAGCAACAGUAGAUGGUGAUACUCAAGCGUCAUGGCGUGGAGUAAUUGCCGAGAUGGUAUGGACGUUAAAACAAGAUAGAAAUGAUGAAAAUUUAUUAUACAUGAUUCAUGGACCAUGGAAAGAUACCAAGAGCCAAUACCAAACCUUUGACUCUAUCAUUAAAGACUAUUUUCAGCUAGAUGUCAAUUUAAGACAACUGUAUGCUGAAUGGAGUAAAGCUGAUAGUAAUUUUGCUAAAGUUGCUACUUCAAUGACCGGAAUUCGUAUUCUUAGACAAGAUCCUGUAGAAAAUUUAUUCUCCUUUAUAUGCUCAUCAAAUAAUAAUAUUUCCAGAAUUACCGGUAUGGUUGGUAAUCUAUGCAAAAGAUAUGGUCGAAAACUUUUGAAUGUCGAUGGCAUCGAUUAUUAUCAGUUUCCUGAGAUUGCAGCUUUAGCACAGCAUGAUGCAGAGAAAGUGAUGCGUGAUAUGGGAUUUGGCUACCGUGCAAAGUACAUCAAUGAAUCUGCAAAGAUUUUGAAUAAGAAAGGUGUCGCUUGGCUAUAUUCACUUCGUCAGACUCCGUACAAAGAAUGCCAGCAACAGCUGCGGCAGUUAUAUGGUGUUGGAGCUAAAGUAGCUGACUGCAUUUGCUUAAUGUCUUUAGAUAAGCCUUCGGUUGUACCGGUAGAUACACAUGUCUUUCAGAUUUCAUCAAGAUAUUACAUUCCAGGCCUCCGAAAACAAAAAUCACUUACGGGAAAAGCUUAUACUGAGAUUAGUGAAUAUUUCUUAAAACUCUACGGCCCUUAUGCUGGAUGGGCACACUCUGUAAUUAUG